AGAGGGAUACUGCGAGCGGGCGCGGGGCGGCGAGUCCGGAGCCGCAGGCCCCGGCGAGGCGCGGACCGCCCCACUGUCCCCUGCUCCCCGCCCCCGCCUCCCCCGGUGGCCGGCCGGACCUGCACCCCGCGCUUGCCCCCGCUCCUCCUCCCCCCGCCCGGCCCGGCGCGCUCCUCCCCGGCCGGCCCCUCGGCGCGCGGCGCGCUGGAGGCGAACGCGGGCUGAGCCGAGCGCAGUGGCCGCCGACCACCGAGCGCCCCGCGCCGCUCCCUGCAUGUGCGGCCCGCGGCGGCUCGCAGCCCCCGGCAGCAGCCUCGGCAGCUUCGGCCGCGCCUCGAGAGGCGGCUGCAGCGGCUCCAGCGGCGGCCGAGCGGCAGAGCCCGGGCUGGGAGACACGAUGCGCCGCGUCCUCCGGCUGCUCCUCGGCUGCUUCCUCACCGAGCUGUGCGCCCGCGUGUGCCGGGCGCAGGAGCGAGCGGGUCACGGGCAGCUGGCGCAACUGGGCGGCGUGUUGGUGCUGGCGGGGGGCAACCGCUCCGGGGCCGCCUCAGGAGAGGCCGGCGAAGGCGCUGGGGUGUCGGACGCGCCCCCGACCCGGGCGCCCACGCCAGACUUCUGCCGGGGCUACUUCGAUGUCAUGGGCCAGUGGGACCCGCCGUUCAACUGCAGCUCGGGCGACUUCAUCUUCUGCUGCGGGACUUGUGGCUUCCGGUUCUGCUGCACGUUUAAGAAGCGGCGACUGAACCAAAGCACCUGCACCAACUACGACACGCCGCUCUGGCUCAACACCGGCAAGCCCCCUGCGCGCAAGGACGACCCCUUGCACGACCCCACCAAGGACAAGACCAACCUGAUCGUCUACAUCAUCUGCGGGGUGGUGGCCGUCAUGGUGCUUGUGGGCAUCUUCACCAAGCUGGGGCUGGAGAAGGCGCACCGGCCCCAAAGGGAGCACAUGUCCAGGGCCCUUGCGGAUGUCAUGAGGCCACAGGGCCACUGCAACACUGACCACAUGGAGAGAGACCUUAACAUUGUCGUCCACGUCCAGCAUUACGAGAACAUGGAUACGAGGACCCCCAUAAAUAAUCUUCACACCACCCAGAUGAACAACGCAGUGCCCACCUCCCCCCUGCUCCAGCAGAUGGGCCACCCACAUUCGUACCCCAGCCUGGGCCAGAUCUCCAACCCCUACGAACAGCAGCCGCCGGGGAAAGAGCUCAACAAGUACGCCUCCUUGAAGGCAGUCGGAAGUUCUGAUGGUGACUGGACCGUAUCGACACUUAAGUCACCAAAAGCCGACAAGGUCAAUGAUGACUUCUACUCCAAGCGACGGCACCUGGCUGAGCUGGCCUCCAAGGGGAACUUACCUCUGCACCCCGUAAGAGUGGAGGACGAGCCGCGGGCCUUCAGCCCCGAGCAUGGUCCUGCCAAGCAGAAUGGACAGAAGUCCCGCACCAAUAAGAUGCCCCCGCACCCCCUGGCCUACAACUCCACCGCCAACUUUAAGGGCUGGGACCCCAACGAGCAAUCUCUGCGGCGGCAGGCGUACGGCAACAAGGGCAAGCUUGGCACAGCCGAGUCGGGCUCCAGCGACCCCUUGGGAACUCGCACCCAGCACUACCCACCCCCACAGCCAUACUUCAUCACCAACAGCAAAACAGAAGUGACUGUCUGA